UCUCAUGUAAUGAGUGGGGGGGAAUUCCAGGCAUUGUCCUGUAAAAACCAUUCUGUGCAUUUUUGGACCUUGCUCUCUGCCUCUCAGCGAAGGAUUAGAAUAUUUAAUCUGCCUUAGAAAAAAAAAAAAAAAAACUCCACUGUGAGCUCACAGCUUCCUGUUGUGGGGUCUGCAGUGUAUAUAAGUGCUUGUCUGCUCCAACCAGGGGAGGUCCCGCCGGCAGGCAGUCUGAGAAGGCUUCUGUGCUCUUAGCUUCUGAGGUUUCAGACCACAAUGUACAGGAUCAUUAGCUGCACACUCCUGGUGCUGUUGCGCCUAUCUAUAACAAAAGGAAAUGAGCCAAGCAUGCCUGUUUAUUUGCAAUGUGACCAGUGCCCCCCGGGAAUGUAUGUUAAGCAGGACUGUACCACUGAGAGGAAAACAGAGUGUGCUCCAUGCCCUGCCCAUCAUUACUCCGACAUGUGGGACUCCAACACGGAAUGCAACUUCUGCAAUGUGGUCUGCAAAGAGCUUCAGUAUGUAAAGCAGGAAUGCAAUAGCACCCACAACAGGCUCUGUGAGUGUGCUGCCGGGAUGUACUUGGACCUAGAAUUCUGUGUAUAUCACAAAAAGUGCCGCCCUGGUUUUGGAGUCAUACAAGAAGGAACACCCGAUAGUGACACUGUUUGUAGACAAUGUCCUGAAGGAACAUUCUCAAAUGCAACUUCAGCAACUGCAAGAUGCCAGAAACAUACAGACUGCAAAAAGCUGGGCCUCAAGGUGGCCCAGCCGGGUGAUUCCAAACGUGAUACACAGUGUCAGCCUGAAGGAUCAUUCUGUGAAAUAGACGUCACACUUUGUGAAGAAGGUUUAUUCCAAUUUGUUCCUAGCAACUGGUUAACGGCCGUUGCACAGAGAAUACCAAGUGCCAUGGUUUCAUCGCAACAGAUAGAAGGUGUUCAAGAGCAGCGGGACCCUCAGGAACAGGCGUUCCACAUGUUUAAAUUAUGGAAGGAUCACAACAGAGAAAGUGAAUCUGGCAAACUCCUGUUUCAAGAUCUCCAAGUUUGUGAGAAAAGAGUAUCCAAACUUUUUGGCCGCUUGAACGUGACCGUCGAACAACUGAGGAUCUUAAUGCGCAGCUUGCCGGUAAAGAAGAUCAGCAAAGACGAGUUAGAGACCACAGUGAAGCUUUGCAGCCAACCUGACCAAGUCUUAAAACUUCUCAAUUUGUGGAGGAACAAAAAUGGCGGCAAUACCAUCAGCCUCCUAAAGGUGAUCAAAACCAAUCGGCUUCCCAAAAUGUUACGCAGGACCAUCAAGAAGCUGGAACAAUUUCUUAGUAGCGAUGCCAUGUACAGACUGUACCAGAAAUUGCUGUUAGAAGUGUUUGGCAGCCAAACGCAACCUGCUAAGGUGGACUAUAAAUAAGUGAUCUUUUAUCUGGAAACUGGAAGCCCAUUCUGGUAUCUACUGAAUAAGCUCUUAAUUUAUAAAUAUAUAUUAUAUAUAUGAGUGUGUAUGUACAAAUAUAUAUAUAUAUGUAGAUAAAUAUCAAAUGCGUGAGUGUGUGAGUAAAGUAUUUUUACCAUAGGUGACCUCAGUACCUGGAAGUUUGUGUGUGUGCGUGUUUGUGCGUGUAUAUUUACUACAAGAGACCUCUUCCUGAGGCUACAUAGAUUGAGACUUUUUGAUUUACAUUUAAUUUCUCUGUAUUUAUUAUCCCUUUUUUAUUAUAGAGAUUUAUUUUAACUUAUUUGCAUUGAAAUCUAUAUUUGGUUGGAUGUAUAUUCCGCUGUGUCAAGUCUCACAUCUUCCUUAACUGUACUUGUAUUCUAGCAUAGAACGGUGUCAAAUAUGUUUUUCCAUUGAACUGUACAGGGUUUUAUUUACAAAAAGUAAAUUCUUGACAAGUCAUG